AUGGCGCCAGGGGCCCGUCCAUCAGGGGAACGUCCCCUCCAAAGAGAUAAGCCGCUGCCACAGGGAGCCCCGGGGGGCCUUAUCGGGAUCGUGGGGGGGGUGGUCGCUGCGGGGCUCCUCAUCGGUGUGGCCGUCACGGUGUUCAUCGUCUACAGGCGGCAACAGAAGAGCCGCUCAGAGACCGACAACGACCUAACUGACCUGCCCCCCUCUCACAAGCCCAUCCCUCCGCCAAAGAGGAAGUUGGAGAUGAAAACCCACCUGACAGCAGAAGACAUCCAGGUCGUGCACCUCGACAACAUGAAGCACGAGGAGGAGAUCCAGAAGCUCCCGCUGCAGACGCCGUACUAUGACCUGGCAGCCACCGAGCCCUCCCCCUACACCGACAGGCUGAAUGAGGAUCAAGGUCUUCGUAGACGUAACGAGCCAGAGUGGACAACCUUUGGAAAGUGUCACUCAGCAGUACCAGAUGCGCGUGAUCGCUUGACCUGCUGUUACUCACGCCAAGAGCAGUCUCUGGAGAAGAUCACCCCUGUCUAUAACCCCUUGUCUUACCUCCCAGAAGACCUUUAUCCUUACCAUGCCGACGUCUCCAUCUGCUGCCCGCCCCCUGGUUCCCGGGCACCGCACAUCUGUCCUAAGGAACAGUAUGUUUAAAGCCACUUCUCUACACGCUCAAGCAAAAGCAAAGCAGCCAAUGUUUCACGUCUCCUGCUCUCUCCCACGUCCACCGAGACAUUCUGGCUUUUUUUUCUCCCCAGCCACUGAAAACUUUGCCUGCUUCUCCCACUUCUCAUUUUGGUGCAACUCUAAGUGAAAUGAUUAGAUUACGUAUCCGCCUGGCUCUUAGCACUCAAAGGGAACUUCCUGCCUUUGUCCCUCUCUCCCUGACUUUUUCUUUGCAUCUUUCCACCCCCCGCCCCACAUCCCUCCCUAAUUUUGGCCCUAUCACCCAAUCGUAGCAAGCUGGCUAUGCGCAUGCAUGCGUGGGUGCACAGUUGGCCCUUGCUGGGUGGAACGUGCCCGACCUGCUGCAGUGUCUGUUGGUUCCCUUGUGUCAUUUUUUCUACUAUCUGUGCAAGAGCAGCCCAGAAGAGGGUUCCUUCAGAAGCCUUUGUUCCACUGGUCCGAAAGAACCAGUGAACUCGACUCCCUAACCGAACCGUCUUGACGCUACAUCGAAAUUCCCCGGCCGGUGUCCAUGUCUCAGGCCAGAACUCUGUCCUUUGCAAAGACCGUUGUGGGGGGAGCCCUGUUUCUGAUAGAAAAAGGCAAAGAUUUCCAAAUGAAGCCCAACGAUGGGAAGUUUGUAGUGGCAUAUGCAAAAGCAGAGCAGAAGAGAUGUAUUCUUCUCCACUCCCGA